CAGCAGAGCCACCAAAUACUUGUGUUGUGUCGAUUCUCUGCCAUCCAUGAUCCAUCACUUACAAACUAGUACUACUUGCUUUCAAUAAAAACAAAAACACACUCUUUGGUGACCACAACAACAAUAACAAUGGCUGCCUCACUACAAGCUGCAGCUACCUUCAUGCAACCCACCAAGGUUGGCAUAGCCUCUCGCAACCUCAAAUCUACACAAUGCAUUUCUAAGGCUUUUGGCUUGGAACCUGCUGCAGCUAAACUCACUUGCUCCCUUCAGCCUGAUCUCAAAGAAUUUGCUCAAAAAUGUGUCGACGCUACCAAAAUUGCAGGAUUCGCCCUUGCCACCUCUGCUCUCGUUGUUUCUGGAGCAAGUGCAGAAGGUGUUCCAAAAAGGCUAACCUUCGACGAAAUCCAGAGCAAGACAUACUUGGAAGUGAAGGGAACUGGAACUGCUAACCAGUGCCCAACCAUUGAAGGUGGAGUGGACUCAUUCGCCUUCAAGCCAGGGAAAUACAACGCCCAGAAGUUGUGCCUGGAACCAACUUCCUUCACGGUGAAGGCAGAGGGCGUGGCCAAGAACGCCCCACCCGAAUUCCAGAACACCAAGCUCAUGACUCGUCUCACCUACACCCUGGACGAGAUUGAGGGUCCCUUCGAGGUUACAUCCGAUGGAACCGUGAAAUUCGAGGAGAAAGACGGAAUUGACUAUGCUGCUGUCACUGUUCAGCUUCCCGGGGGAGAGCGUGUGCCAUUCCUCUUUACCAUUAAGCAGUUGGUGGCAUCUGGGAAACCAGACAGCUUCAGUGGGGAGUUCCUAGUGCCUUCUUACCGUGGUUCCUCUUUCUUGGACCCCAAGGGAAGGGGUGCCUCAACUGGUUAUGACAAUGCUGUUGCUUUGCCUGCUGGUGGCAGAGGAGAUGAAGAGGAACUUGCUAAAGAAAACAACAAGAGUGCUUCUUCUUCCAAGGGCAAAAUCACCUUGAGUGUCACCAAGACCAAGCCUGAGACUGGUGAGGUUAUUGGGGUCUUCGAGAGUGUUCAGCCUUCUGAUACUGAUUUGGGGGCUAAAGCUCCUAAGGAUGUUAAGAUCCAAGGCAUCUGGUAUGCUCAGCUUGACUCAUAGACCCUUUUUCUUAAUGCUGUAUUUCUACUUUCUUGUAACUCCCCCAGUUGGCGAAGCACUCAGAGCGUUAUCACGUGUGUAUAUUAUAUUGACUUCGAUUAUAAUGCUUAAAAUUAAAAAUGUCCAACUUACCUUUUCAGUUUCACUUCUGCCAA